UAAGGAUAGCCAACCGGCAACGAAUAACGUCUACAAACUCUCCAUUCCCUUUUGUUAUGAUCUGGUGUUGUUUUAUUUGUUUGCUUCUUAUUUGUUUAGCCAAACCAAACCAAACCCCAUAAACCUGAAAAUAGCGGAGAGCGUUUGUUGUAUUACCGGAGCUUCUCUCCACCAGAGCGGUUUUCCGAUUUUAGGGAAACCGCUCUACCCAUUCAGAUACUUUCUUAUCGAAUCCUUGCAGCAACCACAUCGGUUGACUUGGAUUUGGAUUGGAUUGGUGUUUUUUCAUUUUUAUGUUUUAUUCAUCUGAUGAAUUGUUUGUUUGUGGAUUUGUUUAGUGUCAUCAAUAAGGGUCCUCGAUCAACCUGUUUUCUCUUUUCUCUUGUGGGUAUUUCCGGAGGUAGAAUUUUUUUCCAUGUUUGAUGAACAGGGGAAUUUGGUAUAGUGUAUGAUAUUUUUUCAAUAUAUAAAUAAAAUUUUCAUUUCUUGAGUUGGGAAUUUUGCAUAGUUCCUAGUUCAAGAGAUUGAUACAUAUUUGGUGGGAAUAAGAAGAAGCAUUAUGAGUGCAAUGUGCCAAUCUGUACGUGAUUGUGAAUGGGUGAAGGGUAAAAUGGUUGGAUCAGGAUCUUUUGGCAGUGUACAUUUGGCCAUGAACAAAUCCACCGGUGGACUUUUUGUUGUGAAAUCAGCACGCUCAGGGACAGGACGUGAGGCUCUGAAUAAUGAGGCCAAAAUCCUAAAAGCUUUGAAACCAUCACCUUACAUUGUCCAAUGUUUGGGAACAAAGGAAGACAGAGGAGGAAACCUCAAUGUUUUCAUGGAGUACAUGGCAGGGGGUAGUUUAGCCGAUGUGUCUCACAAAUUUGGCGGGUCAUUACAUGAAGAGGUGGUUCGGGUGUAUACUAGAGAAAUUCUUCAAGGGUUAAAACACCUUCACCAACAUGGAAUCGUGCAUUGUGAUCUCAAGUGCAAGAAUGUGCUUUUGGGUUCAUCUGGUAAUAUCAAGCUAGCAGAUUUUGGAUGCGCUAAAAGGGUCAAGGACUUGAAUAAUGACCGUGGAGGUUUGGCAAAUUCUUUGCUGUGUGUUGGUGGCACUCCGCUAUGGAUGGCUCCUGAGGUAUUGAGGAAUGAGAUGCUGGGUUUUGGUGCAGAUAUAUGGUCUUUGGGGUGUACAGUUAUUGAAAUGGCUACUGGGAGACCUCCUUGGGGUGUUGUUGAGGGAUCUAACCCAAUGGCUUCUGUGUUGAGGAUUGCUCAUGGUGAUGUGGUGCCUCACUUUCCAUCACAUAUCUCUAAGGAGGGUUUGGAUUUCUUGAGCAUGUGUUUGGAGAGAAAUGCUGAUAAGAGGUGUAGCGCUGAGGAGUUACUAAGCCAUCCAUUUGUUUCAAGGAAUAAACAAUAUGCUUCCUCACCAACAUGUGUGUUGGAGAUUCAUAAUUUUGAGGAUACUUAUGAAUCAGAAGGACAUGAAGGCACUAGUUUAGGGUCAUCAGGGAAUUGGAUUACUGUUAGAUCGGGAUGAAAUGUAGAACAAGUGUAUUAAAUAUAGACAAAGGACUCAAUUGUACAGCGUUGUGUAGAAGACAAAUAUAUAGGUUGUCAGAGUUUUAAUGGUUGUAGACUUGUAGAAUUGAUUAGUGUUGCUAGUCACAAAUUUGUAAUUGAAGGAUACCUUAUCUUACGUGACAUGAACGAUCAAGAGUCCUGCAUGUUGUUUUUGGUUUUUUUGUUUUGUUUUACUU